UGAUUUGAAACAGUCAACAUGGACUUUUCACGUCUACACACGUACACCCCUCCCCAUUGUCUGCCAGAGAACACUGGCUAUACAUAUGCACUCAGUUCAAGUUAUUCUUCAUCUGCGUUGGAUUUUGAGACUGAAAAUAAAAUAGACCCAGUGUUUGAUUCACCCAGGAUGUCACGGCGUAGUUUACGGUUAGCUGCGGCGGGAUUUAGUAGAGCCGACGAUGCACGAAGCGAUGUUCAUCACGACAGCUCCUAUGCUGGAAGCACCUCCCUCAGAGAACAGUCUUCUCAGAUGGUGAAGCAGCGCAGAAGUAUAAAUAAACAGUCUGGCAGUGCAAGGCACACGCCAAGGAAAAAUCUACCUAGCUGUUCCAUUUUUAGCCAAAGCAGUUUCAAUAGCCAUGCCAGUGAUGGACCAAUGGUAUCCACUGUACUGGAUGAAUCUUUAAUUCAAGAGCAGACAGAAGUUGAUCAUUUCUGGGGUCUUGAUGAUGAAGGCGACCCCAGAGACAGUGAUAGUGCACUGAUGCAGGGAAAUGGUGACAGAGCCACGGCGGAAAAGCAGACCACAGUGCAGCUCAAUGGCUACACCUGCAGUGACUGCAGCAUGCUUUCUGAGCGGAAGGAGGUUCUCACAGCAUACUCAGCUUCUCAUGUGCCAUCUUCCAGAAUUUACUCUAGGGAUAGGAGCCAGAAACACGUUUCUAGAGGAACCUAUUUCUACAUGAGUAAGAUUCUGCGAUUGGUCAAACAUUCUGCAGCAUCUUUUGCAUCACUAUUAGUGCAACUAUUUCAAAUGGUUUUGCUGAAGCUGGGUUAUGAUUUUAAAGCUCACUCAGACUACUGUGGAAACAUGAAUGUAAAGGAGUUUUAUAGAGAAGAUAGCCAUCUUGGUGUAAAUGAGGAAUCCAUAUGUGAUGACUGUAAGGGGAAGAAACAUCUUGAAACAUACACCACAGACCACAUGCAAUCCUCACGGGCUAAAAGGGUAGCAAGGACCAUUUGGCACACCUUUUCUUAUGCAGGUUACUUUAUGCUUCACGUGCUGCGAACAGUGGGAUCAACGGGAUGGCUUGUGUCUCAGAAGGUGGUGUCUCUCCUUUGGCUGGCCAUUCUGUCUCCAGGGAGGGCAGCUUCUGGCAUGGUCAGGUUGCUUAGAUCUGGGUGGUAUCAGCUUGUUACUCUGAUGUCUUCGUUCAAGGUGUUUCUUCUAAGAAGAUGCCUUCCACAUGUCUUCGAGCUGUUACUGUUUCUUAUCCCACUCCUGUUUCUACUAGGUAUAUGUUUCUUGGGGUUUGAUGGCUUUACUUCAUUAUUACCUUCAUUGAACUGGACAAGAAUUCAUAGACUACAGAGAAUAGAUGAUUCUGUUCAUGUUCCUGAACCACAGGCUGAUUCUUUUCACACUGUACAACCUCCAAAGGAUGCCAUAAAUAUCUUUGAUGUUAGUCGUAUAAGUCAGCUGGAAAAGCAGAUGGCCUUCAUGUCUGACAAAUGCCGUCACCAUGAUGAAAAAUACAGCCAAGUGAUGCUUCUGCUCCAUAAUCUUCAAGAUCAGGUUGCCCAGAUGAGCGACAGGAGUGAAACGUGGAAGCUAAUAAAAAAUGUGAUGGCUGAACUCACGAAAGAGAUGAAACUGGAGGAAAAGACUGACUACCAGGCUUUACAUCAAGAACAUGAGUUGCGCAUCCUGACGCUGGAAGACAUUCUUCAAAAACUCUCUGCUGAAUCCAAGGGCAUCCAGAAGGAGCUUGACGCAGCUAAAGCAAAAACAAUGAGAGAUGAUGAUGAACAUAUUCAACUGUUGUCCAAAGUUAAGAAGCUAGAACUAGAGUUGUCACAGAUGAAGUCAGAGCUGUUAACUGAGGAAAGUGUGAAGACAAGUUGCAAGAAAAUUCAUGAAACUGUUAUUCAUGAAAAAGUAGAUGCCCAGGUCAGAGAUUCUGUCAAGCUAAUGCUGUUUGGUGAUCAGCAAGAAGACCUUCCUGAAUCACUCCUCCAGUGGAUUAAGUCCAAUUUUGUGAGCACAAGUGAUCUGCAGACUUUGCUGCAGGAUCUGGAGUUGCAGAUCCUCAGGAAUAUUACUCUCCAUAUGUCUGUUACAAACCAAAAACUGACACCUGAAGUAGUAACAAACGCUGUGGCUAAUGCAGGGAUUACUGGAAUCACAGAAGCGCAAGCACAGAUUAUUGUAAAUAAUGCACUGAGGCUCUAUUCUCAAGACAAGACUGGUAUGGUGGAUUUCGCCUUGGAAUCUGGAGGUGGCAGCAUUCUGAGUACUCGCUGCUCAGAAACCUACGAGCCCAAAACAGCGGUAAUUAGCCUCUUUGGAAUUCCUUUGUGGUACUCGGCUCAGUCUCCCAGAGUGGUGAUUCAGCCGGACAUGUAUCCUGGAAACUGCUGGGCUUUCAAAGGAUCACUGGGCUACCUUGUAGUGAAACUUUCAAUGAAGAUCUAUCCAACAGCCUUUACAAUCGAGCACAUACCAAAAACACUUUCACCAUUGGGAAACAUCUCCAGUGCUCCUAGGAAUUUUUCAGUAUAUGGUCUAGAUGAUGAAUAUCAAGAAGAAGGCACGCUUCUAGGACAGUAUGUCUAUGAUCAGGAAGGAGAACCACUGCAGAUGUUUCCAGUGAUGGAGAAAAGUGAAAACGCAUUCCAAAUAGUGGAACUGAGGAUUUUUUCUAACUGGGGACAUCCAGAAUACACCUGCCUUUAUCGGUUCCGAGUGCAUGGGAAACCCGCUGAGUAAUCUCCUACACUACAGCUUUUGGGUCUGUUCUUGUACAUUUUGUUCUCAAUUUGUAUAUACUGGAGAGCCUAGAACACUGGAAAAGGACGAGGAUGCAAGAUACAUACUGCAGAACUAUUGAUCCUCUGAUACAGGCAGAAGACUGCCAGCAGAACUGUAUAAAAAAAAUAUUUGCUCUAAUGCUCAGCUUGUCAUUGCCAGUUUUAUAUUUUCAUGUCCAUGCUGAGGGAAAUAAUGCAUGCAAACUACUCUGGUUCAUAAAGCCCAGUUGGCAAACAGGUGACACCUAUUUUAUUACAAAUGAAUGUAUAGGUUUUUUAAAAGAAUAAAUACUUUCUGCAA